AUGGAAGUGCAUAGUAACCCAGCAUAUCGCAGUACAUAUUACCCUGACCACAGUAAUGUAGCUCCAGCCCAUCUCAAUAACUAUUUUCACCAACGACAUUCAUCGAUCUCAGACCCAGAACUAACCAAAAUCGAAGAGAAUUGCAACAAAAAUCGACCAGACGAACAACAUUACAGCUCGAAUAACUCUGAGAUUUACUACAAAUCAAACCUACGACAUACGGCUUCAGAAUGCAUGGAUUCGAAAUUUGGAUUAGAAGACAAUACCUACUACAACCCUCAUUAUGUGUGUAGAACUUCAUCAUCAGGGUCGUCAAUGUCUUCAGCUGUUGACCAUGUUCAACCUCAUUACUAUGAGAUUCAACCAAAUGAUGGACCUACUUUACUACCGUUAAAUUUAGUGGACAAAGAGGUUCAUUCAAGACGAGUAUCAGCUUUGUUAUCAGUUCAAAACAAAAAGUUGAUGCCAGCUCCAAAACCACCAAUACCCAACGAUAAUCGAAGAUACUCGUUAACACCAGAAAAGACUACUCAUCAUCACGGAUUGUUCCGGAAACAUAGUGAAGAUACGUCGACCAGAGAGAAGGGUUUUACAUUCGGGAAGAAGUCGGCUUCAAGGUUGAUUAAAACAAAGUUUAAUCCCUUUACGGCGCUCGGCUCGGAGCUGAGCAACAGUGCGAGCGCGUUGUACAAUCUCUUCACAAACGACAAGUCAGACAGCACAGAAGAACAGGUGAACAAACGACGAAAGGACUGGAACGAUGGUCUACGGUCAACAGAUGAUAUACCUUCUUCACCCGUAGCCAAAGUCACAGACGAACCAAAGUUCUUGGCUGGAUCUCAUCUAAACGAUUCGUCGACGAUAUCUGUAGGCAUGGCGAAGAUGAGAAGGCAGAAUUCAGAUAACGCUAGUUUGAAUAAUAACGACCUAAAGGAUGACGACUUUGAUGACAAUAUUUAUCAAGAUCCAUCAGUACGAUCUGCCGCGAACUUUGAUAGCAACGGAAGCAUAUACAGUAGCUUAAAUGGGUCGAUUUAUGGGACAAAUGGAAAUGUUUAUGGCACUAAUGGAUCAACCUUUAGUGCUACUGGACCAAUUUAUGGUACAAAUGGUCCAGAAGUUGUGUAUAGAUUAGGUCAUGAAGUUAUUAGGUCAAAUCCACAAGAUAUCUAUGCUUACAAACAUCAAAAUGCUCAAUCUCACUAUGCUGUAUCUACCACGUGCCAUUACUAUGAUACUGGAGAUCAGAAUGGCAUGAAGUUUAAUCAACAGCAUAACAAUAUCGACCGAAACAACUCUAAAUCCGACCAAAAUCAAGCCAACUUCAACCAAAAACAUCAAGAGUUUGAUCGAAACAACCUCGGUUUCACACCAAAACACGCCGAAUUCACACUGGAAUCAGAUGGGAGCAAAAACAGUAUGAUUGACCCGUCCGAAUCCGUGACGCCGCAACCAUCUGAUGACCUAACACCCCGUCCCGAACAGCUAAAACACAGCGAAAACGGAGACGACGAGGAGACGGACGAAGCGAUCGGUUCUUCGUCGUCGCAGUCCCUUCCGUCUACCGGCUCGUCCACGGUUAGCAGCGCGAUUUUACCUCCCACUUACAAAACGAAUGUUGUAAAGGAGUUUGUAAGUGUGGAAAGAGCGGGUGCGUUUCCAGAAAUCAACGGCGGGCAUGUCAAUGCAGAUGUAAAUGCUCAAAGAGAUCGUCGCUACGCAAUGAACCACGGCGACGAAAUCUACGCUGAAGGAGGGUGUGCAACCCAGUCUCGACGUCAUUUCGAUGCGUUAAGAGCGGUCAAAGAUGCCCAUCUACAACCACCAAAUUAUAUCCCAGUCACAAAGACUAGUAUUGCCAUGGUGCAUCAGCAUAUCAAUGAUAUCACGGUAAAAUUGGGGUUUGAAGGUUUUUUUGAUAUUACGGUAAAAAAUGGAUUUUAACGUUUUUUUUAAUGAAACCACGAUAAAAAUAGGGGGUUUUGGGGGAUAUUAUUGUAGAUAUGGCGACUUUUUAAUGGGGUACUCUUUUAAAAAUUUUCAUUUUAUGUGACAUGUAGUUAUAGGAAAAUUUGUUAAUUUGAAGUCGAUCAAAUAAUUUUAAUUUUUUACAUUGAUAUCAUGCUAAUAAAAUAAAUGUAAAAAUAGAUGUUGUGUUAGAAACAGUGCAACUUGAGUGUGAAUUGGGUUAAGUAGGUAAAGAAACGAUUUUGCGCUAGAGAUGCACUUUAUUGCGCUGGAAAAGAGCAAAAAUAUUAUAAGAUUUGAUUUGUAAAGUAUAAAAGUAAAGGUAAAUUUAAGGCUUAAUCAAAGUAUUAUUAUACCAUUAUGAAUAUAAGCAAAAUAUUAUCAUUUCAUGAUGAUUGUCUCUUUAUGGGUAUAGCCAUAGUCAAAUUAAAUACCUUAAAGUAAAAAAUAGUUUUAGGGCUAUAAAUCAUUAAAAGUAUAAAAAUAUUAAUAUUUAAAAUGAGGUAAAAAUAAAAAAGUGUUAAAAAUUGAUUUUUUUGCAAAAUCUUUGAUUAAAAACGUUAUUUUUAGGACCAAACGAAUCAAGUCUCAGAUCACACUCAACGAGGAAUUGAAUUUCUAGACAAAUACGGACAGUUUGUGAAAGAACGAGCGCAAAUCGAGGACGAAUAUGCGUUGAAAUUAAGGUAACAUGAACUGAUCUUUUUAGAUUUUUUAGCCCAAAAAAUUUUUUAGUUGGUAUAUUUUCUGGGCAGUAAACUUUGAGUUAUCUGAAAAUAAGUGCUAUAGUUCUUUUUUCAAACUUGGUAAAAACUUUUUUCCGAAUAUUUCGAAAAAUUCGAUUAAAAUGUAAAUUUAUUUUUUCAGGAAUCUGGCGAAGAAAUGCAGUACAAAGAAGAAGGAAGAAGACGAAUACAAAGCCUUCUCCUACUUCAAUACCUUUAAUGCCAUCCUAAAAGAGCUGGGUUCUUUGGCGGCACAACAUGAAACGAUCAGUGAAAAGUUGAAGAAUCAGAUUUGUCCAGUUGUGGCCACGAAAUGCAACGAAUUGCGAAUGGGUCGAAAACGGCACUUACAGGAACUUCAGAAUCUGAACAAUCAGCUAACGGCGCAGGUGGAUCACAUGAACAAAAUGAAAAAGAACUAUUUGUAAGUUGGGGAGGGGAAAAAUUUUUUAAGUUAUGGAUAUUGAGGAUGGGUAAUAUACGAUGAAUUUUCUUUGAUUUCUGGAUUUUUAAUUUAAGUUUUUAAAAAUAUUUUGACAUAUUAAGUUAUUUCAUAUCUUAACCUAGCUGUAGCUUCAAUUUUAUCAAUUUCUCUUUUUAGAAAAGCCUUCAAAGAAGCCGAGACCGCGUAUAUUAAGCACGACAAAGCCGAUAAGAAUAUGGAAAUAUCGCGAGCUGAACUAGAACGAACCAAAGCUAAUCUAGCUCAAAAAACCCACGCCAGUAACGACGCACGAUGUAGAUACUACGAGAUUUUACAACAAACGAACGCAGCACAAAAAGGACAUUACGAACAUCAGAUUCCACAGUUAUUAGAAAGAAUGCGACAACUUGAUAUGGACAGGAUUAACGCGACCAAAAGUGCCAUGGUACAGACGGUGGAUGUGGAGACGGGGGUGCUGAAGGGUAGGUUUUGGUUGAAAAUGGCAUUUUCUUGGGGGUUUUAGUGAUUUUUGCAUGGUUUUUUGGGGAGAAAUGGAAGUUUUUUGGACUUUCGUUGUUAAUAAAAGUGAUUUACCUAAAAAACAAGAUUUUUAAAAAUUUUGAAACAAAAAAUUAACAAAAAUAAUCUUUUUUCUAUUUCUAGUGGUUCAACGAUGCUACGAUGACAUGAGAAGCGCAAUAUCAGUCAUAGAUCCUGAGAAGGACACUCACGUUGUAGUAGAGUUAAAGAAAACUGGCUACGCUCAUCCUCCAGACUUUGCAUUCCAAGAUUUGGGAGAUCCGGCUAGGAUUCUGGAUAACAACGGUGAAUCCACAGCAGACGCCUUCAUGGCCAAUAAUGCGACGUUAAAGCGAGGUCAGGUUCAGAAUGGCAAAGCAGUCAGUCGGAAGGGAUCGAUGCAUCAUCGUAUCUUUGGUGGAAGUGGCAAUAAUAGCGGAAAGGUGAGGGUUUGGAGGGGUUUUCCGGGAGUUGUAGUAGGAUUUUGUUAUGGAUAACGUAAUUUUUGAUUGUAUAAGAAAAGUAGAAUUUAUAUUUUACAUUAAUGGCUUGAACAUGAUAGGAUCAGCUAAAAGCUUUUUAAACGAUUUUUUAUCUAUUCUUGUUACAGAGCACUGUACAGUCCGAAUACGGCCAUCUACCACCUCAACAACGAUGCCGCAAACUAGAGCACAAGAUUGCCGAACUCGAUGCAGACAUCUCGAAACGAGAACAUUCGAAGGCCGGCCUACAGAAAAUGCUGACGGUAUACACGGAGAACCCGAAGCUAGGCAACGCGGCCGAUGUGGAUCAACAAAUCAACGAAUUCCAAAGCGAAAUCAAUCAUCUAGUCGAUCAGCGAAGCCGAUAUGCCAAACUUUUAAUGGAUGCUCAAGCUGAACUGAAUUUACCUUCAAACGGAUCAAUCGGAUCGUCUUCACCUCGAGUUCAAAGCAUUUCAUCCUUGAAUGGAUCGAAUGGAUUCAUUGGAAAAAGAGCCAGUUAUAGUGAAGAUAGUAUCUCGUCGGAUGGAAGUGCUAUCAUGGGCAUGCCAAAGAGGAAUGGAGGGUUGGGAAGUGAGUUUAGUUUAAGUUUGGUUUAGGUUAUUGAUAAUUUAGGUUUAAAGUGUAGAUUUUUAAUAUUUUUUAAAUUUAAGUUUAAAUUGUAAAUUUUUUAAAAUAUUUUUUUUAAAUUUGAUUUGAAAGUGAUGCCAAUCGUAUUUUACCAACGAAAAUAUAACUUUAAAUUUGUUGACUUUUCUAGGCUCAGCUCAAGGCUCAACAAAUGGCUCAACGCUAAACUCAACCAACGGCGCCCCAGGCCUCAACUCCACAGUAAACUCCUCACUAGCCUAUAUCCCUCACAUUGAUUCAGCGGCCGAAACUGCCUCGAAUUCAAAUGAAUCUACAAAACCAGUAAGCAUCUCCGAAUCUCCAGAAAUCUACGAAGAAACCGACGCUGUCGAACACUUGCCAAUCCUCGGAACGUGUAAAGCUUUGUACGUGUUUGAAAGUGCCGGAGGCGAUGGAACCACAAUUUCAAUGCAAGCCGGUGAUGAACUAUAUCUGUUGGAGAAGGAUGACGGCCAAGGAGACGGAUGGACUCGAGUACGACAUUCCAAGACUCUGUUGGAAGGCUUUGUACCCACCUCGUAUCUUGAAUGUCAUUGGAAUUAA